AUGAAGCUCACCAUUGCAACUCACCUCGCCGUGCUCGCAGCCUCGGCGUCGGCGCUGGGCAUCAACUGCCGCGGCUCCGGCCUCUGUCCCUCGGACGGCGCGGCCGGCAACCUCCUCAACCUCAAGGAAAUCGUCGACAACAUCCAGCCGCGCAACCGCAACUACAAGACAGGCGAGCAAAUCGCCUGCACCGGUUCCCUGUGCGUCACGUACGAGAGCGGCGCGUCCAACACGGCGGACGCGACGUCGAGCUACCUGCAGGCGCUCCUCGACCACGGCUGCAAGAAGUGCGGCUCGGUGCCGACACAGCCUGGGAACGACGUCAAGAAGGGACAGCUGACGGUCAAUAUUGUUGGGGAUCCCAAGUGUCAGGGCGCGUGCUAG